AUGGUCCACUUCUCCGCUACCGCUCUGGCUGUUGCCACCACUGUCUUCUCCCUCUUCGGGUCUGCGGCUGCUGGGCCCCUUCCCCUCAAGGAGCGCCUGGACAACUUCCUCGCCGCGCGCAAGGCGUCCGGUGCGCCCGCUAAGCGCGCCACCGUCCCCUCGGCGCCCCACUUCGUCGUGUAUGCCGACAAGUACUCGGGCACUGAGCCGGCUAUCUCGGACAUCAGUGGCUUCAACGUCUUCGCGCUUGCUUUCCUCGAGCAGUACGGCGGUGCCGAUGAUGCCCAGGUGUGGGCCGGCUUCACCGCUGACCAGCGCACGCAGUACCUGACUGAGUACCACGCUGCUGGUAUCUCUCUCAUCGUCUCGGCAUUUGGCUCCACUGAGAACCCCACCUCGUCCGGCUAUGACCCUGUCGCCACCGCUGACAGCGUCGCGUCGUGGGUGAUCCAGUACGGCCUCGACGGUGUCGAUGUCGACUACGAGGACUUCACUGCCUUCAACAAGGGCGACGGCUCCGCCGAGAACUGGCUCAUCUCCUUCACCAAGGAGCUCCGCAACAAGCUGCCGACGGGCCAAUACAUCGUCACCCAUGCGCCCGUCGCGCCCUGGUUCUCGCCCGCGCCCAAGUGGGGCGGCGGAGGCUACCUCAAGGUCGACCAGGAGGUCGGUGAUCUCAUCGACUGGUACAACCUGCAGUUCUACAACCAGGGCACGUCCGAGUACACGACGUGCGACGGUCUCCUCACCGAGUCGACCUCGGCGUGGCCCAAGAGCUCGCUGUUUGAGAUCGCUGCGUCUGGUGUUGACCAAGACAAGCUUAUCAUCGGCAAGCCUGGUACGACUGCCGACGCCAACAACGGCUACAUCGACCCCGCCACGCUCGCUGGAUGUGUCUCUCAGGCGCACGCCAAGGGUUGGAGUGAGUGCUUCUCGUCUUCACUUUGCGACUGA